GGCCGCGCAUAGAGGGAGGGAUCCAUCAUUACCCCUGCUCUCUCCGCGGCUCGAGCGCACUCCGGGCAGCGCAGUUAGUCUGUCUGUCUGUCUGUGACUCAGAAGGGAGUUGUCCCUGCCCACGCGCAUAAAAACGUCCUACCGAAGCGACACACACCACCCAACAAAGAUCACUCCGGGAGGAACAGAUUUUCAGCGGAUCGGUCCCGAAAUAUUAUAAUCGUUCAGCAUCAGCAUGGUGUACCACCCGGAGUUCGAGAGGGCGGGGCAGCAGCCGGGCCUCCAGGUGUGGAGGAUCGAGAAGAUGGACCUGGUCGCCGUGCCGACCAACCUGUACGGGGGGUUCUACACGGGCGACGCCUACCUCAUCCUCAACACCAUCAAGCAGCGCUCCGGAAACCUGCAGUAUGACCUGCACUUCUGGCUGGGUGAUUUCUGUACGCAGGACGAGAGCGGGGCGGCGGCCAUCUUCACUGUCCAGAUGGACGACUACCUGGGCGGCAAACCCAUCCAGUACCGCGAGGUCCAGGGACACGAGUCCAAAUCCUUCCUGGGCUACUUCAAAUCUGGGAUCAAGUACAUGCAAGGGGGUGUGGCUUCAGGAUUCAAGCACGUGGUCACCAACGAGGUCAUCAUGCAGCGCGUGCUGCAGGUGAAAGGUCGCCGUGUCGUCAGGGCGACGGAGGUGCCGGUCACCUGGGACAGCUUCAAUCAGGGAGACUGCUUCAUCCUGGACCUCGGAAAUGAGAUCUACCAGUGGUGCGGCUCAGGAGCAAACAAGAUGCUGGAGGUCAGUUCUGUAUGUGUGGAUGAGGGGGUGAGAGAGAGAAGAUGCUGGAGGUCAGUUCUGUAUGUGUGCGAUGAGGGGGUGGAGAGAGAGAAGAUGCUGGAGCUGCUGGGACCAAAGCCCGAUCUGCCCGAGGGGGCAUCCGACGACAUCAAAGCCGACGCCUCCAACAGGAAGAUGGCUAAACUAUACAAGGUGUCCAACGCCAGUGGAGAGAUGGCCAUCGCCCUGGUGGCAGCGGAGAACCCUUUCUCCCAGAGUGCACUGGAGUCCAGCGACUGCUUCAUCCUGGACCAUGGCUCCGAUGGCAAGAUCUUCGUCUGGAAAGGCAAGGAGGCCAACAUGGAGGAGAGGAAGGCGGCGUUGAAGGCGGGCGAGGACUUCAUAAAGAAGAUGGGCUAUCCCAAACACACGCUGGUGCAGGUCCUGCCCGAGAUGGGCGAGACCCCGCUCUUCAAGCAGUUCUUCAAGAACUGGCGGGACAUGGACCAGACGGAGGGCCUGGGCGUGGCCUACGUGUCCAACAGCAUCGCCAAGAUCGAGAAGGUGCCGUUCGACGCCGCCACCCUGCACGACUCGCCCGCCAUGGCCGCCCAGCACGGGAUGGUGGACGACGGGAACGGCAAGAAGCAGAUCUGGCGCAUCGAGGGGGCGGACAAGGUGCCCGUGGACCCCUCCACCUACGGGCAGUUCUACGGGGGCGACAGCUACAUCAUCCUCUACAGCUACCGUCACGGCGGCCGCCAGGGACACGUCAUCUACAUGUGGCAAGGAGCGAACUCGAGCCAGGAUGAGAUCGGGGCGUGCGCUAUUCUGGCUGCUCAGCUGGACGAGGAGCUCGGCGGGGGGCCGGUGCAGGUGCGGGUGGUCCAGGGGAAGGAGCCGGCCCACCUCAUGAGCCUGUUCGGCGGGCAGCCCAUGGUGGUGUACCAGGGCGGGACCUCCAGGGACGGGGGCCAGUCUGCCCCCCCCGAAACGCGCCUCUUCCAGGUGCGCUCCAACUCGACGGGGUGCACGCGGGCCGUGGAGGUUGACGCCGUCGCCUCGAACCUGAACUCCAACGACGCGUUCGUCCUGGUGACGCCCGGAGGCUGCUUCCUGUGGGUGGGGCAGGGGGCCAGCGACACGGAGAAGCAGGGGGCGCAGCAGCUCUGCGGAAUCCUGGGGGUGUCAGCCUCCCCCCUGGGGGAGGGCGGAGAGGCGGAUGAGUUUUGGGAGGCUCUCGGAGGGAAGGCUGAGUACCGUACCUCCAGCAGGCUGAAGGACAGAAUGGAGGCCCACCCGCCCAGGCUGUUCGCCUGCUCCAACAAGACUGGCCGCUUCAUCAUUGAAGAGGUUCCAGGGGAGAUGACCCAGGAGGAUCUGGCCACUGAUGAUGUCAUGAUCCUGGACACCUGGGACCAGGUCUUCGUAUGGAUCGGAAACGAGGCUCAGGAGGAGGAGAAGACUGAGGCGAUGACGUCAGCCGUGCGCUACAUCGAGACGGACCCGGCCAAUCGGGACCGCAGGACCCCCAUCGUGAAGCUCAAGCAGGGGUUCGAGCCGCCCACCUUCACCGGCUGGUUCCUGGGCUGGGACAACGAGUACUGGAGCAGCGACCCGCUGGAACGCGCCAUGGCCGAGCUGGAGAUGUGAACUCUGACCCCACCCUAAACCCUGGCCCCGCCCCCUGCCACACCCCCCCCCCCCCACCGAGCUUCUGUCACAGACUCAAAGGGGAUAGCGUUUCACCCCCUCCCACCCUUCUCCAAAAUAUCAAGGGGCUUAAAAUGCUUUUUGUUAUUGUUUUUAAGCUGAGCUUUAAACAAAAAAGAAAAAAAAAGCCAAGUUUAGAUUGCAUUAUUCAUUAUUCAAGAGGCUUGGUAGACUAGGCCUGUCAGGGCAGUCAAACUCCAGUCCUGGGGGGGCCACAGUUUCUACAGGUAUGUGUGGCGUCCUUAGGCCUUGAGAACGAGGUGUGUGGAUUAUUUAGCCAAUCAACAUCUUAAAUGAACCACUGGAGCUGAGACGCACGUAAAACCAGCAAGCAUUGCGGCCCCUCACGACUGGAUUUUGACACCAGUGGUUAGGACAAUUCUGAAGGUCUCGUUGCGAAUGAAAGACACUGUUCCUUUGUAAAGCUCAUCCUCAUAAAUGCGUCCUGCGCGUGUGCAUUAGCGAAGCAGGAUUUUAGCCUUUUAUACACAAACACCGUUUUAAAAGUGAUCAAUAUUAAAUCAUGAAAUAGAUACUCAUAGGUGUAUUCCCGCAUUUAGCGUCAUAAAAAUGCAUUUUCUGAACUUAACGAGUAGAAUCGUUGUCCAAUGUCGAGCAAUUAUUUAUUCACCGGUAUAAUCGACUGACUGAGUUGCGGCGUUGACAGCGAAGGUCCGUGAGUUAAGUAGUCUAGUGGUUUCUGUUAAGGUGCAAAAGUCGACAUAAAGCCUGCCGCGGCUGAGAAUGUAGUUUCGAAUGGCUGACAGAAUUAUCAGCUCAGUCGAAGGUCGUCAUUUUCGGUAGAAUUUGCUCUUAUGUUCUAACGGAAAUACAGCCUUGACUGAAGACAAAGACCGAAUUUGGCUCUGGUGUACGGAAACGUGCCGGCUUUUUAAAAACAGGAUUUCCGGUCACGUUUGCAGGGCUUGUUACACAAAUAUUUUUCAUUGGGACUGGGAGAGUCAAAGCAGUCGCUGCAAGACUAUGGCAAGCUGUUUUAGCUUUAAUUCAUUUCUAGGGGAUAUCGCAAAUUCAAAUUCUAACUAGUUAGAAUGCGAAUCGUUGAUAUUAGAAAUUCGAUUGAAACUAGUUAUAAUGUGUAUUUCUGAUAUCAGAAAUUCAAUUUUAACUAGUUAAAAUGCAUAUUAUUGAUAUUGGAAAUUAAAUUUUAACAAGUUAAAAUGCCAAUUCUUGAUAUCGGAAAUUCUAUUUAAACUAGUCAGAUUUAAAUCGUUUUUCUAAUUCAUUUCAAUGGAAGUUGGAAUUUGACUUAGUUAAAAUUCCAAUUUCCCAUAUCAGAAAAUCAAUUACUGAUAUCAACAAUAUAAUUUCAACUAGUUAAAAUACCUAUUUCUGAUAUCAUAAAUUCAAUUUUUAACUAGUUAAAAUUUGAAUUCUUGAUAUCAAUAAUGGAAUUUUAACUAGUUGUAAUUAGACUGUCCUAUUUUAACUAGUUAAAAUUCAAUUACUGAUAUCAAAAAUGAAAGGUCCUAUUGAAAUUAAUGGGGAAAACGCUUGAAUUAUAACUAGUUACAAUUGAAUUUCUGAUAUCAAGAAUUUGCAUUCUAACUAGUUAUAACUGUAUUUGUGAUAUCCUCUAGAAAUGAAUUAAAGCUAAAAGGGCUUGCCAUACAAAACCAGCUUUUUGCUCACUAGCGAUAAAGGGACUGCCUAUCACCUGAUGCACGCUCUGGAUAUGCUUCAGCACCCACUGCGACCCUCACAAGUUCAAGUGGGUAUGGAUAACAGAUGGACGGAUGAUAAAGGGCCUGGCUAUUUUGCAUCGUCCCAUAUUUGUGAUUUGUGUGAAGUUUCCGUUUUGGCCACGUUGAUGAGACCAGAUAAAUGUUAAUACAGACACUCCAUUUCGCCCGACAGCUAAAGUAGCCCACGGUCGGUCCACUGCGCUUGUGUAGCUGUGUAAUGCUGUUGUGUAUUUAUUGGGACUGUAUCUUUUGCUUACCAGUGAUAAUGUGGUUUUGUCACAGCUUCCUUCAUAAACCAAUACAAAAAACGUGGAACACCA